AGUACACUGGUGGCGCCGCGAUUUCGGACUGUACUUUACCUUUCAGGAAGUGCGCCUAGUAUAUAACCUUCUUGCGAUAUUGAGACUCGAGGCAUCUGCCGUAUCAAACUGCAGCAAUGACGCCUGUCGCGGCAACUUAUCGCUAUCUAUUACGAACGUACUUCUGUUAUCCGUUUUCGUCCGAGCGCGUUGUUACCAACAUAGGAUAACAAAUCUCUUUUUUUAAAAAAUAGAAUAAUUUAAAUUGUUCUAAAAAUAUAUUGGUAUAAUCCGUGCCAAAUUUCAAUAUGUACUAUAUAGUUCUAUGGAACAGAGGAUUUUUUUUUUCAGGCGCAAAAUUUUUUGGUUAACAGACACAGAAUGAAAAUUUAAAUUUGCUGGUUUCUGUAUUUCGCAUAAAAAAAGUCAGUCAAAAUCAGUAACAUGAUUAUAGUAAUCGAUAGAAUCGAGCUGCCAAGCCAAACAUUGAAGUUCGUACUUUUCACCGCCGCUGCUGCGUGAAAGAUGAAAAGAAAAUCAAAAUUGAAAGGACGAGGUUAUGCAUGUUGUAAACAGCCGUCGAACUCGCGUAAAAGUAUAAAAAAUUGCAUUUCCACCGCGGCAAAAGUGAAGAUCGAAGCGAAAAGGGAAAACCUGAAAAUUUCAUUUCCGAAAAAUACGUGCGUGUGCCAUCGGACGAAAAGGGGCGAAGGCCCGUCGCAAUACAUCAUCUACUGCAUCGUAAACACCGGAUUUUUCACGAACAAAGGAAAUUUAGCGGCAUCGGUCGCGCGCGGAUUUUUAGGGCUCUACAAUAAACUCGACAAGGACAGAGUGAAGGCAAGAGCUCUGGACAGCUGGGAAGAAAGCGGGGAAAACCUGGUGGUGCUCAAAGGAAUAAAUCACAAGCACUUGAAAUUCCUCGCCAAAGACCUGCGCUACUCGGCCGUGGAUCUGUUCCCGCUUUACAAGACUUGGGGCCGCAGCCAAAUCAUGCUCGUCCUCACUGUCUUGGGCCGCGAGGAGGAUCUCUCGGAAAUAUUCGACGGAUUGACGUAUCUGCGCUGAGAGAAGAAGUAUGCCUGAAAAAUUCGCGGGUACUCUUUUCACCUCGUGAUAUUGAGAUAAAUCCUCGUUGUCGCCGUGUGUAGUGCAGUGGGCGGGAGAGAAAAGUUUGCAAAUUGAAUGAAUUGCAGAGAUUUCACUAUAUAUAUAAUGGAGUCUCAAAGUUGGACAAAGACCUAUGUUCCAGCAGUGUUCAAAACUGCACAUACAUCUAUCCUCGAGAAAAGCGCUUUUCAGGGCUCGACGAGGCGCGCACGUAAAUAAUGCACGUAAAAGCUACUUGCGCUAAAAAUAAAUCGACGACAUUUCCCAUCAACAAUUCAAAAGUGUACACAUUAAAGAGCCGGAUUAUCGAUAA